AUGCGUAACGUCGUUGUGUUCGUGACCCUGUUGGCGGCGGUGAUCACCUUCGAUCAACUACCAACUGUUCCUACAUGGUCGGUUGGACAACGCAGGGAUACUUGCAAGGACUACUGCAUGGGGAAGUUCAUCGCCGACCAGACGGCCUUCCACUUCCUCGAGAGCGGCUGGGAGAUCUGUGUUUGUCCGGUGGCCCAGCAGGGCGGAAGCUGGUAUCUGUCGAGCUGCUACAACAACUGCUACAACCGCUGCUUGAACACCAACGGACUGUGCGCCUAUAACCAGGCGUUGAACACGGACUACAGGGGGAGAUGCUGCAUCAACUCGCAGGGCAACGCGAUGCUCCGCAACUACUGCUUCAACAACAUGACCGGCCUCUGCUAUCAGACC